AUGCGUCGGAAAGACAUCGAGCUGCAGGAGCUCCAAGAUAAAUGCAACUAUCAAUCCAAAGAGAGGGACGAUUUGGAACGAGAGUGCGAUAUCGCCUUCAAGGAAAUCAAACAGCUAAGGGGAAUAGUAGAGUCGAGAUUUCCGGACGAAGUUGAGGACGGUCUCUUGGGAAAAAUUCAAAUGUAUGCCGAGUCAACGCACCAUAUGGACAAGCUCGAGCAGAAACUGAAGAAAGCGAAGCAGGAGAGGGAGGAAUGGAAGAAGCAAACAGCAGAUCUCCAAACGACAAACCAGGGAUUGUCACAUAAGCUUCACAAAGCAAUCGCUGCCUAUGAACGACUAAAACAACAACGGAACAUGAAUAACAAGGUUUUCUUGGAGCUGGAUGAUAUUGUGACUGUGUUGAAUAAUAUCACGAUAGAAUCUGACUUUCCCAUUGAAGACGAAAACGACAACGUCUCAAUGAAAAACAUUAGGCGGAAAAUCCAGGCGAUUGAAGGCGAGCGGCAAAAGUAUGCUAACGAAGUCCGAAGCUUGCGAGAAGAAACUGGUUUCAAGGAUGCCAAAAUAUCUUCCUUGGAAUCCAAAUUCUAUGACCCCAGCAAGAGGUCCGAUUGUAGACACUUCACGAACCCAACUCACAAACAACACCCACGGCGAGUGGAGUACGACGACGACUCGGUAUCAUCAUCUGAUUCAUCCACGAUUGAGCCUCCACCAAUUUCAUUGGAGAUGUACGAAGAAACCAGAAGGGAAUACGAAAGUGCGCUUCAAGAUAUGGUCAAACUUACAGAAGAAUUGAAUGCAACCAAUGCAACCGUUCAAGAAUACGAAAAGUCAUCGGUGGAAACAGAAAAAAGAUUCAACGAACUCUCGGAGGAAUACAAGGAAACCCUGCUGGAAAUGUCAAACAUGCGCCGUGAUUACAACAAAGUUACAGCGAAUUAUGAUGAUGCUGUGCUUGUCAUUCAGGAGAUGAAAGAAAAGUACGACCAACGACUCAGGGAAAUGACGGAAUCCUACUCAUAUCUGGAGGAAAACUACAACAAACUCAAGGAUGAGCAGGCUGAUAAACUCAUGAAACUAGAAACUGAGGUAUCUAGCUCGGAACGAUUCUUUGAAGAGGAGUGUAAGCGGUUGAAGAAGGAACACGAGCUCCAGAUUGAGUCAAUUGAUCGUCAAGUUGAUGGAUUGAGAAAAGAACAUGCCGCCAAAAUCGGUCUUGAGAAACGCCAAUACGAGGAUCUUCGGUUGGACUUCGAGAGCGUCAGGGAUCGACAAAGCGAAAAUGCUGGCGAGCUCAAACGACUCAGAGAAAAAUACGAAAAAUCCUUGAAACGAAUUGUGCAGUUGGAAGAAACUUUGAAGCAUGAAAAGGAGAGCUGUGAGCAAAUUCUUCGGAAAUCAUCAGAGGAAGCUAAGGGGAGGUACCAACAGCUCCAGCAGGACUACAACGCAUUGCUUGCGGCAAAGAGGUCGGCUGGAAAUUCCGAGGCAUCCUAUAGGCAGAACUUAGAAACACAGUACGCAGCAUUGGAAGAGAAACAUCGCCGCACACAGGCUGAAGCAGUUGUUCAAUAUCAGGAUUUGAGAAGUUCCUACGAUGCCUCCCUAACCAAAAUUGGUAGCCUAGAGAAAAAGGUCUCGGAGUUGCGAGCGAGAGCCGACUUCUUGGAAAAGAACCAGAGCCGGCCAAAGUCCAAAUACGAGAUUGCAUUUGACGAAAUAUCGAACCUUGAACGAGAUCUCUUUUCCAAUGCGGGGAUAUCGGUGACACACGAAGGAUCUCCGCCAAUCGGUACGCUUGUGGGCAACGAUGAUGCGGGAAAAGACAAAGAAAAGUUGAAGGAUGACAGUUCCGUCGAACGAAGUAUUGCUGAGCUGAUUGGGUGGGAGCAUAUCUCAAACUUCUUGCAGCACCAAAGACGAUUGUUCUGCGUUCAUAAGGACGUCCAACAACGCCAAGAAGACACAGUGUCCACUGUACAACAAAUUCCAAGCGACAGUUCAUCUUUUUUCGGCUCCAUUUUCCUUGAGCACGACUUAGACAUUAACGACUUCAAGUCUUGUCAAGCACAAGAAUCGGCUGGUUCUCCAAAAAAUAAGAUUGCAGAGAUGCUGAACGCGCUAGCAAAAAUUAAGCUCAAUGCUGUCAUAGCGCAGAUUCAAUAUCAAGCGCGCGAAAAGGAGCUCAAAACUGCUCUGAUGCAGUACAAGCGAUCACUUCGUGAUAUGCAGCGAGCCAAAACGUCAAUGAAUAGUUUACCAUCGAAGUCAAGUAUCGAAGCAGCAGCAAUAUUGGCUGGAAAGGCAGAUCCUCCUGUGGGAAAUGUGAUUGGCCACAGUGCGGAUGAUGAGACUGACUCAAGUGAAGGGCAGGCAAAGGGACCACUGCACAAAGGAGAGAAGGCAUUGGGCCCUGAAGAUUUAUCCAAAUUGAAUGAUUUGGUGGCUAAAUCAAGGAAACGAUUAAACCAAGCAAAGGCUAAAGUCGAAGCUGCAAAGCAUAAAGCCGAAGAGGCUCAACAGGAACAAUUGAGACUGCGUUCGAAUUUCCAAUCCAUACUUGUGGAAUUCAAGGCCUCGGAAGCCAAUAUGAAAACUCAGGCAAACGAACCUAAUAAACCAGGAGUCGCCUCAGUUUUACCAAAGCAGUCCUUCGACUGUGGUGUCUCCAUGCUGACUUCGAGCUGCGCCUCUUCAACUACUAGUGGAGAAGGAAGAGACGAAAAAGUCCAGGGCCCAAACACCAAGUCCAGCACAUUCUCAAACGAUGCAGCAGAGUUUAUAAGGUUAAAGCAAGAGUAUGAUGUGGCAAUGGACAAGAUCUCGUCACUACAAAAUGAUCUUCGAGAAAGAGAAACUGAAUCAGAACUGGCAACACAAAAGCUCGAGAACCGAGAGGGCGACCUGAGGGAUGUCAUUCAACGGUACAAAGACUUGCAUGAGGAAUACAAAAAGUUUCUCACUUCGGACGAUCCAUACAGUCCUAAUAAUGCCCACGUCAAGCUGAUCCAGGAACGAGACGCUGCCAGAUGGAAGGUUUCCGAGGUGGAAGGGGAGCUGCGCCAAGCAAAGGUAUCAGUCACAUCCGCUGUGACGAAGCAGAAUUUGGCAAAGCAGCAUCUGCGAGAUGUCAUUUUCCAAUACAAAACACUCCAGCGUGAGCAUGAAGCAUUGGUCCAACGAAUUGAAGGUUUGCGAGUGGAUCUCCCAUCAUCCAACGCAUCGUCGUCGUCGUCAAGACAAAAGAACUCGUCUGUAUGGCGGACCAGUAGUAGUAGUCAGGAAGAGAAGCGCGAUACUGCGUCGCCACAAGCACAGCAUCAUCUUCGACCCAUCGUCGAAGCAGACGAUCGGAACUACUUGUCGGCACGAAGUGCCACUCACCCCUUUGUCAACGACAUUGAGAGUGUUCGUAGCUUUGGCACUGCUGACGAACAUAGCACGAAAUCGAGCAAGAAGAAGCCACUGUACAAAUCACUUUACAAGGAGGUGAAGAAAAGCUUCGUGAAGCCCGUCAAGCCAAGAAGGAGGGAAGUUGUUCGAAUCGAUGGCCUGUCCUAG